UUGGAGCAUACGGCUAAAAGAGUUGGAAAAUGUCCUCUAACACAUCAGGCCAAAGUAUCAAGUUUAGUGUGGAGUUCCGAGACACAGUUUACAGAUUAAACCCGGACUAUUUGUCUUGUAAGCACAAAGUCUUGUUCGAAGUCAACGCAACAGAUACCCUCAGGGACCAAGGCAGCGAAAUUCACUUCUAUCACUCUACCGACUUUGCGGAUGGCAGGAAAUCAUUAUCGGAUAUCACCAAGUCCGAAAGUCCCUCCAAGACUGUGUCAAAUAUUGAGGAAGCUUUCUCUGAUACUGCAAUAAGAACUUUCCACAGUAAAUACCUUUCAAACGACCGCAAGGGGCUUAGAGGCUGGGAAGUUUGUUUAAGACCACAUUCCGCACAGUCUUACCAUUUUCGAAGACAGAGGUCGGAUCAUACAAGAGAUCUUCAGCGAAGCAGAAGUCUUUCCGCCAAAAUAAAUACGACCAGACGUGAAAAGCUUAAAGUCUCCAAAAUUUCCAUCCAUUCCCCUGGAUCAUGCAGUAGUCGUCCUAUCCAUCGAGAUUCCAUAGAAAGCACUAGCAAAAAAGACGACAGACACACACAUUCUUCAUCCUCCAGUUUGAUGGGCGGGAACUACUAUUGUACGCCGGGUUAUGUUACGACUAUUCCAAAGCCUAUUUCGUACAAGUUUAAACACUUUGAGUACACCGAUAACUACAUCGAACAAUACAGGAAUGAAUACACAUAUCCACGCCUUGUGGAACCCACUAAGCCACCCUCAUCAGGAUCUUGUAAUUGCGAAGUUAAAGGCCAGGUCAAUCCAGGCAAACAGCCUGUGUUUCGAUGGGUGGAGCCAUGCCUAGUGAAGACAUGUUCUAGACACCAACAGGAGGGCCAUAGUUCUAGUGGACUCACCAUCAAUAGCAUUAGUACAUCCAGUCAGGGACCAGACCGCUCUCGACAGACACCUCACCAUCUUCUUGAUCAUAACGGGGUUUUGAAAACGGAGUUCUACAAUAACCCACUUGUAAUAGACAACACCAAACUGGACCGGAACAAGACGUCAUCUCUGAGCCGGAAUAGACCGUGUAUCUUGUCUACCGUCAGACCCGUCAUCCACCCUAACUCCUCCGUGACCCUACCCGUCAAAAGACCCACGUAUCAACCACAGUCCAACAAAUAAUGUGUAUUUGUCAGAGACAUAAAUGACUUGUCGGUGUUUGUACAGUUUUUUUAUUUAAUUCAUUGUAAAAUGUUUUUAAAAAUGAUGGACUUUUAAGGUAUUUGUAGGAAUUCUUUUGAAAGCUAAUAACGAUUGCAAUAAAGCAUUUG